AUGCUAAUCAUUUUCAAUAUCCAAAAAAUUCAAUUUACUAAAAAAGGUUUUUUAUUAAUUAUUCUAUGUAGAGUCACUAAAGGUUUUUGAUAAUGAAUAUCAUCAAAGAUAUUAAGGCGAGUUUAAUAAGUGAAUAUCAAGAAUCUUUUGACUUUGAUGUGUAGAAUAAUUAUGUGUGAUAUUGGGAACAAGAUAUAAAUGCUAAGGUCUCCUACAUUUUAAUUUUGAUCUCAAUACUAAGUCUUUUCCAAUUAUUUAAGUUUAACUGCCAUUUGUAUCUUAAGAAAAAAUAAGAUUUUAUUCUCAUAUAUAUGUUUAUGUAUUAAUAAUACGAUUAAGAAUUAAGGAAUUCAGGACCUAUGUUUUAAUGAAUAAUAUAAAAUAGUUUAAUUUUAUAAUAGAAAAUAGAAUUAACAAUUCACUAUUAAAAUCGUUAUACUAAGUAACAUUACAAGAUCAUAAACAAGGAAAAUAGAUUCUCUGA